AUGCCAACGAAAACGACAGCAGCAAAAACUACUACUACUCCAACAAAAGGGACUGGAAAAUUAUCAGCAGAUGGGGCACCAACGGUAACAAAGACGACAAGGACAACAGUAAUGGUAGCUUUGACAGAUCAUAACACGCCAACGGCCACCGGCACUAAUACUAAUACUGGAUCCACUGCACAGGCAACAAAUACCCAUCUCCCAGAAAUGAGUUUUGGCCCUCCUCCUCCUUCACAACCGCCUACCCCGAACAUAAGCUCUUUGGACGCAACAGGCAGCGCAUCAAUAUACGUUGCCGGAUCAAUUAGUGCCUUUGUUAAUCUCGUUGGAUGCUCCGUUAUUCUAAUCGCAGCUUAUCAUAAAUCGGAAAACCGUCUUCUCUCAUCGACCCAGAGAUAUCCUGCAUACAUGGCAGUGUUGGAUGCGCUCACGGGCCUAGUUUGUCUUGCUAAUCUAUUAUACCCGAUGAGUCACGACAGGCUGAUACCUUCUGGCGCUUGUGUCGUGAUAGGUUUUUUCACAUCGCUGCUAAUCAACAUUAAUCUGCUCUUGAUGGCCGUUGUGGCUGUUAUCGUCUACCAUCGAGUGUGCAAAGGAACACUCAUCACGUUCGGUGUGGGGGAUUGGAAACUGUUUCUAAAGCUGUUGGUUCCGAGUCUAUUGAUUGGAUUCAUCGCAUUGGGCUUUGGUGCCUUUGGACCUGAUGUAUUUUGGUGCUUCAUUUCUCGUACUGCUCCCGGCAGUCGCUGGAUUCUAAUAUCAACGAUAGUAAUUGCCUACGUCGUGACAGGAAUCACGACAGCUUCUUAUCUAUUGGUAAUUAAACGAAUCCACCGCGUAGAACCAAUGCUCACCACGACUGCCUUUGCUGAUGCAUUGAGGCGUCAACGCGCUUCAAAUAUCCAGAAUCGCAACCAAACGUCUGACGGAACGUUUAGACGUUCACGUACAUACGAAAGAGUAUCAGCGGUGUUUGCUCCAGUCUUGUCAUCGAGAAUGUCCUUUUACUUUUCCAAAUCAUUGGUAUCGCAAGAUGGACUGGUCCAUCCGACUCCGACGAGAUUAGAAAACUUUGAUUCAUUGAACGAACCAACGUUCGAACAAAAGAGAAUAGCGGAUACUAUUGCGCGUGCGACCAGAAAGAUGUCGUAUUACAUAUUUGUCCAGUUCAUACAAUAUACGCCGGUAAUAAUAUUCUGUCUAGUGACAUUAGUGCGAGAUCCGCCUGCGUGGGUUUAUGCACUGACAAUAACGCUUCUUAACCUGGGGGGAGUGUUGAAAGCACAUGCAUUCCUUCGCAACGAGAGAUAUAAAUUAUUCCAAAAAGAUGAAGUUUACACAGAGAAAGAGGGGAUCAUGGCUCUACCAGACUUUCAGCCACCAACAGCCGCAACAGUGUCCAUUAAUAAUAAUCAUUUGCUACAGCCAAUACAAGAAUCCACGCCAUCAACACCCACCUCUGAGAAACGUUCGCAACGAUCCCUUUCAUGGCAACCAUCAUCGUCAUCUGCCACUGAUCAACUACAGCAACUUGCAUCGUCAUCAGGUCAAACUGAUACUCAGUCACCACCGCAGCAGGAAACGAUAGACAACCCUUUUGAACCCAGCAGCCCUUUUGAACCCAGCCCUUUUGAAACCAGUCCUUUUGAAACCAGCUCUUUUGAACCCAGCCCUUUUAAACCCGUACCACCCAACUUUCUCACAGACGAUGUUUGGUUAUUUAAUCGAGUAGAAUCCAAUAGGGCUGAGCCCGAAGAUGAUCUGGAUUCCGAAGAACUAGACGGAUUGAUUCCUAUAGCUUUCGCACCAUCUGUCGAAAAAUAUCCAAAAGACAAACGUCGUCGAAAAGACAAAUUUCUGCGAGACUCGAGUACCAAAAACAAUAAUUCAAAAGUAAAGCCGCCACCAGUAGCUCGGACUCGCCGCCCAUUAGUAGAUUCUGAGAUGAUACUACCUUUUGUGGAAUAUGAAGAAUGA